AUGGCGGAAGCUGACUUUGAGAUCGACUUCUACGGAGAUACUGCCACCGACCAGCAGUCGGAACACCAGGAUGGAAACCAACACAACGAAAGUGACUACCAAGGCCAUGACGAAACCAAUGGAGGAGAUGAACAUACGGACAGCCACAAAGGCCAUCACGAUGACCAUCACGAGCAAGCCGAAAGCCAUACCCAUCAACAAGGCAUAAAACGAAAGUCAGAAGAGGAUGACCGACCAGUUGAUCCAGCCGCCACUUCUGCACUUAUGGUCUCAGAACUGAGUUGGUGGACCACGGAUGAUGAUAUUCGAGGGUGGCUUCGGAAAGCAGACGGCGAAACCGACAUCAAGGAGAUGACAUUUAGUGAGCACAAGGUAAAUGGAAAAAGUAAAGGACAAGCAUAUAUUGAGUUCUACUCACGCCAAGCCGCCACGUCGGCAAAACGUUGCAUAGAUCAGCUAGCCAACGAUGGUGGCCAGUCUUGGCAGAAGAAGUUGUUGCCUACAUAUUGGAACUCGGCAGUGAACCCUUUCAGGACGCUGCCCAAGGAUGCCCCAGCACGAGGAGUGAAAGAACAGCCGAGAGCCUCCCCGCCAGGCCCCUAUGCCGAACGCGGCAACUACAGUGGAGGUUACCGCGGCCGUGGAGGAUUUGGCAACCGAGGAAAUAUGAACCAGGGCAACUUCAACACUAACCGCAACUAUAACAAUAGCAACAUGGGAUUUAACAACAACAUGGGCGGUGGGUUCAAUGGCCCCAUGGGUGGUAACUUUGGCUUCAACAACCGCGGUAAUAUGAUGGGUGGCGGCAUGCGCGGCGGGCCUGGAGGUAUGAGAGGUAAUCGCGGCGGCGGUAACAUGAUGGGAAUGAACCCCAUGGGCGGUAUGCCGAUGGGUAUGCCUGGUAACAUGGGCAUGAUGGGCAUGGGUGGUGGGAUGCCAGGCUUCCAAGGCAUGGGUCCCAACUUUGGAGGUGGCUUCGGUUUCGGCCAGAACCAAGGCGGUGGUGGCGGCGAUUGGGGUAAUCCGCAUGGAGUGAAGCGUCCUCGACCAGAGUGA